CGCCCCAGCCGCUUCCUGCCCGAAGGGGCGGGGAGAUCCCAAUGUAGGCGGCGUUGAUUGGCUAAGAGCGGCACCCUCAGUUCCUCUCUGCCAAUCGGCGUGCACUACACUGCGUGGUGCGUGAAGCCUGCUACGGUUUCUGUCACUGCCGGGCCCCCGGAGCUGGGCUCGGAGUGAAGUUGAGGCACCUCGGCCUUCAAACCCGGCUCCUUGUGAGCGCAAUGUUCCUGGUCGGGCUCUCGGGUGGAAUCGCGUCGGGGAAGAGCACGGUGGUGGCCGUACUCCGGGAACUGGGCUGUGCCGUGAUUGAUGCUGAUGUUAUUGCCAGAGAGGUGGUGCAGCCCCGCCUGAAGGCCUAUCAGCAGAUCGUGCGUUACUUCGGCCCCGAGAUCCUCUUGGAGAGCGGAGAGAUCAAUCGUGAGGCGCUGGGAAACAUCAUCUUCUCCCACCCGGAGAAACGGCGGCUGCUGAACGCCAUCACCCACCCCGAGAUCCAGAAGGAGAUGCUGAAGCAAGUCUUGAAGUACUUUGUGCUAGGCUACCGCUUUGUGAUCCUCGACAUCCCUCUGCUCUUCGAGACCAAGAGGUUGACCAGGUUCAUGAAACGCACCGUCCUGGUUUACUGUGACCCGCAGACCCAGCUGGCGCGCCUGAUGAAGAGGAACGGGCUGUCCCAGGCUGAGGCCGAAGCACGCAUCGCCUCGCAGCUGCCGCUGGAUGAGAAGCGCAGGAUGGCCACUCACGUCAUCGACAACUCCGGCGACCGCGAGAGCACGCGCCAGCAGUUGUUUUCCAAAGGCCUGGAUUUCCAGGUUUGAAAAGGGCACUGAAAGGCCACCUGUUUUAAUGAGCUUUGCCAGCUGAAUGCAGACAGUGGGGUGAGGUUUCUCCUACAGGCUUCCCAAGGUGAAUGUGAGUUUUCUUCCAGCACUGUCUCGCAUCUCUGUUCUUUAACUUUUUGCUCAGGGUCUGGUGCCCAUCUGUGGGGUGGAACAGCUCCCAUGGUGGGGACAAAGCCCUUCUUAGCCCCAUGGAGAUCUGAACAGUGACAUUCUGACCUGUGGUGAAUUCAGGCAUUUCAGCCUCUUCCAUGGCAGUCUCUUCAUGGGGGAAACACUUGGGCUCUUGGGUCUGCUUCCUGCUGCUGGGUGUCCCCAUGUUGAUCCCCUGGGAUUAGAUAUGGGAUUAGAUAUGGGAUUUUCCCUUCUUCCACGUUAAACCUGUGCAUGGGGACCAGCAGCAUGUCGCUCCCAAGGGCUGGGUGCGCAGCUGGCUGCUUGCAGCCUGUCUGCCCCGUGUUUCUGCAGCCUAAACAACCCCGUGAGCAUUACCUACAAAAGGGGGAUGAUGCUGGGGGUGUGGUGCAUCCCCAGAUGCAUGGGAGCUGCCUCCUGGAAAGCCACUUGCUGCUGCUGGAGAGUGUGAGCCUGGGCGAGGCGGGUUCUGGCUCUUGGCGUUUGUUUUAAUAAAGCGCUAACCAGCAGACGGUU